AUGCCUCGGGACGAGCAGCUCCCGUGGGACCAUGUCCCAGCGCAGCUCUCCCCACAGGAGGCUACCGAGCUGAUCUUGCAGCACAUUGAGAAAGGCCAAGUGUUCGCCAAGAACAUUGUUUCCAAAGCAGAUAAGGAAGAUUUGAGGAAGUCUGAGAAGAAGGCGGUGAAGCAGUUCGACAAGAUGUCGAAUCUUCCAAAACGAAGAAGCGCCCCUGACCUUCAUGCAGUCCCUUCUCAAGCGCGGCAUUCAGGAGGGGUGAUGUCGAUGUCCAAUUCGUCAUCUUCCUUUCAGAGGGUGAACUUCCAGCGUGGCUUCGGGGUUUCCAAGCGACCGCCCAUUUAUGCGGGUAUUGACAACGACCUCAGCCCGGGAGAGUACGACACGCAUCUCGUGGGAGCAAUGGUGUGGGAGAAGGAAGUGGGUCUCUCGCAUCCAGCCCAAAAGCAGCUAGCAUCUCACAAGUCGCCUCCGCUGGUUACCUUCACGCGACAGAAGGGCAUAGGUCUCGCACAGGCGAGGAUCACUGGUGCACCUGGUCCUGGCCAUUACAAGCAGCCUGAUUACUGGGAUGCCACCUGGCAGCAUCACCCGCCAUCCGGCACGAGCUUUGCAAGGAACCCACCCGAGCCUGGUGACUCACGGUUUGGUGGUCUGGCCAAGGGAAUCCUCAAGAACUGA